AUGGAUGAAAUUGAGUAUAUUGAAGAUGAUGGUAUCACAAGAGCCACAGUGGAAUGGGGAAUGGACCGUACAGAUCAACGCAGCAACAACCUUGAUGGUGUAAUGAACCUUUAUGCUACAGAAAAUAACGAAUACGCGCUAUUUUCGUUUUGUCCAGCUACUGGUUCCGGUGCCAAUGCAUACAUCUUGGACACUGGUCUGCGACACUCUCAUAAUGAGUUUGAUAACCGAGCAUCAUACUUCUGGGACUAUGAUUCAAGCAACAAUGGUGAAGACUGUAACGGACAUGGCACCCAUUGUGGUGGAACAGUAGGAGGUAACUCAGUUGGCAUUGCCCCAGACACAUUAUUGUACAGUGUACGAGUAUUGAACUGUCAGGGAAGUGGUCUUAUUUCAAACAUGGUUGAUGGUCUUGAUGAAAUAGUUGCUAGGGGAAACACUCCAUCCAGGUCUGUUGUAUCCAUGUCUGUUGGGGCUGGUGCUAGUUUAUCACAAGACAAUGCCGUACAACGAGUUAUCGAUGACGGUUAUACGGCUUCCAUCGCAGCUGGCAAUGAGGACCAAGAUGCUUGCAAUACUUCACCUGCAAGAGUUGAAGAUGCUAUCACUGUUGGUGCAACCGACGUUAACGACAAUCGAGCAGGCUUCUCCAACUGGGGCAGCUGUCUUGACAUAUUUGCACCUGGUGUUGCUGUUAGAAGCGCCUGGUAUACGUGUGAUUCUUGUUAUGAAACCAUAAGUGGAACCUCCAUGGCAUGUCCUCAUGUCUCUGGUGUUGCCGCCGUACAUCUGGGUGCUGGCACUUGUAACGACAAUGCCAGCUGUAGAAAUAAAAUUGUUGCUCUGGAUUCUACUAUUGGUGCAGUAAAUGACCCCAAUGGAUCACCAAAUUUGUUGUUAUAUUGUGACUAAAUAUACAUAAUAA